AUGGGAUUGAAACUGUUUGAAUACGUUUUAGGAAUACCCGACGAAAAUUUCAGAGUGAAGGUGGAAGAAAAAGAUAUUAAAGAAUUUUACAAUGUUACAUUACAAAAAAUAGUUGGUCUUCAUCCAGCACUUGUUUUAAAUGAAGAUGAGAUGGGAACACAACCAUUCGCAGACAGAAAAGCCGUGAAAGUGUACGUCAACAAGGGAGAACAAAGAAUGCACGGAACACUUAAAAUUGGACUAAGCAGAGCAGGGAGAAGAACAACACUGAUAGGAUGCAUAGCGUUGAGUGGUGAUGUGUUGACUCCAGGAACUGUUGUGCCAAACAAAACAGUGAAUGUUGUAUUAUAUGACAACAGAUAUGACGACUCUUCGAUAAAAAUAUACAACACGAAGAAUGGAUUUAUAAGCACUGAUAUAUUUUUGGUGUGGUUUUGA